CUUUUCCCGUGAAGCCCCAGGAAGAUGAGGAAAGGUGGAGGAGAAAAACAGCAUUGGGGCAGGUUGUUGCUAUUGCAAUCUGGAAACAACCGAAAAGUAUUCAGCACGUUGAAAAGAGUGCGGAAAGGAGCAAAGGGAGUUUGAGGUGUGCGCAGCUUUACUAAGGAAGGAGACGAAUUUUGGUUACUUCGGAGAGGCAAGAUUCUGGAGCCGCGGCUUUGCUUUUUACAGAGAGAAAGGAGGCGGGAGGGUGGCGUUUCUCGUUCUCCCCUCAGUGUCAGUCUUGGGAGCAAGAGCAGCGGGCAUUUUUUACUACUCUCAUCUACAGGACUCGGGGCUGUCGGACUCGGCUCCACUUUCCCACAUUGCAGUGAAGCCCUUGCCGUUGCAGGAGGACUGCAAGAGGCCGAGCGGCCGUCUUCCGAUCUCCUCCUGACAAAAGGAGACGGAGGCGGUGUCCGGUAGUGGGGCGGGGAGCGUCAGUAGCAGGAACGCCGCCCAAUUGAAUUACUUCACUUUAGCGGGUAGCCCUACCGGAGCUAGCCCGCAGCUUAAGCAGGCGGGCAAUGAACGGCUUUGGCCCCGAGGAAGUGACCCGCGGCGGGGGAGAAGCCGCCGCCGUCCCGGCCGUUGUAGCUAACGCCACCGCCGCGGUGGAAGUCCUGCCGCCCCCGCCGCCCCUUCCGCAGCCGACGGCCGGGCUGGGAGCGACUUCGUCGGCUGCUGCCGCGACAGCCGCAGGCUCAGCCGGUCCCCUUGGGUCUGCAGGACCCGGUGCUGGGCAGUUAUGCUGCUUACGGGAGGAGGGCGAGAGGUGUAGCCGAGCUGCGGGCAACGCUAGCUUCAGCAAGCGGAUCCAGAAGAGCAUCUCGCAGAAGAAGGUGAAGAUCGAGCUGGACAAAAGUGCAAGACAUCUUUAUAUUUGUGAUUUCCACAAAAACUUAAUUCAGAGUGUCAGAAACAGAAGAAAGAGAAAAGGCAGUGAUGAUGAUGGUGAUUCACCAGUGCAAGACAUUGAUACUCCAGAGGUUGAUCUGUUUCAGCUACAAGUAAACACAUUAAGAAGAUACAAAAGGCACUUCAAAUUACAGACCAGACCAGGACUUAAUAAAGCACAACUUGUUGAAAUAAUUGGAUGUCAUUUUCGGACUAUUCCAGUGAAUGAAAAGGAUACUUUAACCUAUUUCAUCUAUUCAGUGAAGAAUGACAAGAACAAAUCUGAUCUAAAAAUGGAUAGCAGUGUUCACUAAAUAAACAAAAUUAAGACUCACAAACCUAAACACUGGUUUGGAUAUGCUGAGCUUUCUUUGUAUUAAUAUUCAGAGUAUUCUGAUGUUAUUUUUCUUGGGAAAAAUACUAUUCUCAUAAAUUAGGUUUCCAUGAUGAAAGUAUUUUAAUUAAAUACUGUUAAUGUUCCUGUGCCUAUAUCUGAAUAAUAUCUGACAUUUGUGUAAGCUUUAAUAGUAAAUCUCCAUUUCAUUUAUUGAAAUCAGAAUUAUAUCCAAAGAAUAUUUUAAGGCCUUUAUGCAUUAGAGCUCUUAUAUUUUCUCAGGUAUAUUUUUUAAAAUCCUUAAUAAUUUCCUAAGCAAAAUUUAAAGAUUAUGUAAGGCCACACUACCAUUCUAGAGAUUUGUCCCUUGACUAAAUUAAUACCUGUUUGUGUAUAAGGCUGAGAAAUAUUGGUUUGCAAACCGUUUCAUGCUAAGUAGUUUUGUAUGAUGUCUGAAUUCAUUGAUUGUUGCAGCUGCAUUGCAGCUGCAGAGGAUUAUCAUUUUGGAAAGGAAGAACUUUGAACUAAAUAAUAGAAAUACUUUUGUUUUUCUAAACACACUUCACUCAUUUGAAUGUUGCUCAUGCUUUUUAAAUACAUACAGAUUUUAUAAUGAAAGUGGUUGAUCAAGAAUAAGUACAUUUAGCUAUAAUAUUCCUUGAUGUGUUUGUAUGAUUUUGAAUAUUUUAUCUCAGAUCUGAAUGACCUCAGAUGCUCUUGGUUGCACCAUUUGUCCUUUAUGUUGUAUGAUAAAGGUAAUGAUAAAGACAAUACUUGUUUUUUCAUCUGAAUUUUCUUUUAUUGUGUGUAAAGUCUGUAUGCAUUUAAAACUGAUGUAGGCUUGUUUGAAAACUCCAAGCAUGAUUUGCCUUCUGUGCCAUGCCUACUCUGAAUCAUGAUUUAAAUGACAUUGUUGAGCCUUAAUGCUCAGUUGUGGCAUUAAGGAACCAACCUUUUUUUAUUUUAAAUAGAUUCAUUAUUAGGGUAUGCAGCUCCUUGGAUGGGAUGCAAAAAAGGUAUUUUUGAGAUGUGAUCAUACAUUCUGAAUCUGAGCAUUUCUUAAUGCUGCAUUUGUUUUCUGAGCUUGUCCAGGGUCUACAAAGAUUCAGAAAAAGAAUCAUAUUUAACUAAGGAGGAAGUGGUAUUGAUAAGCAUGGCUUUAUACCUCAAAGACAUAUAUAUUUUCCUGAAAUCAGGUGGCUGCUAUGCAGUUUUUUUUUGAAGAAAUAGCAAGAAGCAUAAUCAUGCUUGGUAUUUCUUCAAUCAUGCCAGCACCUUUACUUUUUACAUCAAAUGCUGGAAGUCUCUACUUACCUAUUAUAUUACAGUCUAUAAUAACAAACCAUUUGAUUUUUGUGGUCAGAAACUAAACUAUAAUUUUACUGGGAACUCCUUGUAUUGCUGUACUAACUGCUACACAUUGUAUAAUUGAUUUAUUUUCUUCAGUAGCAGACAAGCAAUAUAGAUAGUCCUUGACGUUCGACCACAAUUGAGCUCAAAAUUUCUGUUGCUAAGCAGAGAAUAGACAAUCAGAAAUAAAUAAGUGAUUGCCACAACAGUUUGCCAGUUCACUUUUACAUUGUCAAACAUUGCAGGGCAAUAUAUUUCAGGAAUGUUCAUCAGCUGGGACAAGAUUUGUGUUUAGGGAAUUAAUUUCAAAUAUUAAUUUUUAUGACAUGCAUUUAUAAGGCCACCCAAUUCACAUUAUGUGAUUCUGGGCUGCAACAAGAAAAGCAAAAUAAUAUUUUAAAAAAUUCCAAUACAUAAAAUAUAAGUGGCAAAUGGCAAAGAAAUAAAAUAAUUAAACAGUCAAAAGGAAAGUCCAUUUGACCCAUAUGUUGGUAAAGAAGUCAGGGUAUAGCAGUGGUACAGUUUGAUAGACCAUGGCCAGAUGUGAAAAAUACUUUGAUCACCCAUUUGUACCCUACCAUAUCUUCCUGCUAAGUUUAAACUUCUAUUCCUAAAAUCUCAUGUAUCUCACUGCACAUUGUCUCCCAGUCUUGACUUGCCUUUACCUAUAACUCUUCCAACAUAAGUGGUAAAAUGGAGCCAGUGAGGAGUGCUGAGUAAUUAUAUUGUAUCAUUAAAAUAUUAAGUUUGACAAGUUGACAGAUUAAUAUUGAAACUAAUGAUAAACAAAAAUUUAUAUUUGAGUGGGCUAAACAGUUCUAUUCAUGUUUAUGUCCCUUUGUUCAAUACAGUUUGUUCUCAAUACACUACAUUUUUAAUCUGAAAUUCAAUGUUUAUAAUUCUAACUUGGGUGUCAAACUCUCAUCGUCACGUGACUUGUGGUGUAUCAUGACUUUUUUGCCAUUGCCGGCAAUGGGGUGGGCGCGGUUUUGCUAUGAUGCAUCCAGCCCAUGGGCCGGCAGUUUGACACCCCUGUUCUAACUUUUUCCCACUAAUUCCAAUUAUUUUGGUGUUAAAAUUGAUACUGAGGUUUUUACAGGAUUCUUUGCAUUUUCUUAGGAGUAAACACUACUGAAACAAAUGUUGCAUAAGCUAAGAAUUUGGAUUAUACAAAUCUUGAGUAAUAUGUUUUGUUUUAAUUAUUGCAUGUAGAGCCUUGGGAGCUCAUGAUAGGUCACUUCCUCAUUUCUUUAACAGUCAUAUGAAAGUUGGCUGAAGAGUUACUGAUCUUCAAAGUCAGGGAUGUCAAACUGUUGACCUGCGGGCCGGAUGCGUCAUCCAGAAGCCGUGCCCACCCCAGUGCCGGCAAUGGCAAAACCGUCCCGAUAUGUUGCGUGACAUCACAUGACGUCGCAAGUUUGACAUGCCUGUUCAAAGUCAAGCUGAAUCUUGAAUCCAAGUUUCACAGGUCCUGGUUCCAAUGUUAUGACAGCCACACUUUAUUAUAUCAUGUAUUUAGAUAUGGCAUAAUUUCUAUACAGUAAAUCAUUCUGCAGUGUUUGCUAUUUGGUAUAAUCUGCCUUAGUUAAGCAUCAGUGGGAUAUAAAAUGUACACAAACUUCCAUAGGAAACUUUAUGUUUACUCUUAGAAUGAUUCUAGACAAGAGACAGAACAAUACUAGAAAAAUACCUACUUAGCAGGGGAGAGUGGACUUUAUUUACAUUUAUAUAAAAACCAAUAAAAGGCAUUUUCAAUCUGGCACCAUGUAAAUAGGAUGGACUACAACUGGGUUUGUUUUGUUUGAGAUUCCUGGCUUGAUCACAUUUAGAGGAGUCAGGCUAAGUAAAACUGAUUCUGCCAAUGGAUCCUACUGAACCCAGUAGGACUUAUUUUACAUAAGCAUGCAUAUGAUUUCCCCAACAGUAUGUUUUUAACAAGACAGCUGCCUAUAGUAGCCUUCCUAUUCCAUGCUAAAAAGCCAAGCAGACUGCAUGUUACAUUCCUACUUGACUUAAAAACAAAUACAAUAAAAGCAGCUAAAAUGAUAUAGUGAAGGAAAGCUGCUUUGCGUGAAUAUCUUCAACUGUCAAACUACUACUGUUAGAAUUUGUCAUGUUAGUCUCAAGGAAGAUUUUUUUUAUGGCAAUAAUUUUUGAAAUCCUAUUGAACAGAGAAAUAACCUUGAAAUAUCAAUAGGAAUUUAGGAUGUUCCAUGUGGGCAUUCAAAAGAAGAAUUGAGCUCAAAAUUUCUGUUAUCAUUGCAGCCUUCCUUCAGAGCUUUUCUACGUGCAUGUAGAAAUGAUAAUGUCUACUCCAGUGCAUUCUUGCUUUCUGUUGCAUGAAUGUUCAUUAGACCUACAAUAGAUGUAAUAUUUCAGAUGAAUUCAACUAUACUGAUGAACUAGUAUCCAAACAUAAUCUAUAGUGCUAGAACUAAUGACUUCUAUUUUGAAAAAUGACUUCAUAAAGCUUUUUAAAAUACUUAAGAUAUUUUGUUUUUUCUCCUUAUAAAACUAUUUUUUCUCCAGAGUAAACAUACAUAUUCAAUUGUUCAUACUGAAAAUAUUUAAGAUUCUGUUGUUCCUCUAAUCAUGAUGAGUGCUAAUACAAUAGGAAUGGUCAGUUCUGACUUUGAUAGGAGAUUUGAGUAUGAAUCUACAGUAUAUGUCUUCAGAAGAAAUAGAAUUUCACAGAGGUUUACUUAAGAUGUACAGGAUGGCAAUGUAAGCCAUAAUCUAAUGUGUUGGAUUGUUACAGUAUUCAAUAUAUGCAAUAAUUUGAUUGCUACUGAGAUUUUCAUUAGUUUCUGUUACAAUUGGCUUAACAUAGUGAAUAAAUUAAAGUAUGGCAGAUCUUGACCUUAACCUCUCCACUUCCUAAAAUAGAGCAGAACAGAAUCAACACUGAAUGAAACUAUUAGAUGCAAUAUCACUAUUAAAGUGUUUUCAAAAUAAUGCUGCAAGCUGCAUUGUACUUAAAUGGAUUAUAGCGUUCAUUUAAUUGCAUUUAGAAAUGUUAAUAUAAUGCUUUUAUUCAUGCUUUAUAAAUAUUUUAUUUAAAUUCCAAGCAAUUAUUGAAAUGUUAUUUCAGUAUAGAAACCUGAUGCUUGUAAGCACUUCAGGGUUUAACCAAAUUUUUUUUGUUCUGAUCUUUAAGUGGGAAUUAAUGAAAAACAACAACAGCAAAAAGAACUAUCCACAGGAUCAACUACCACCAUGACUAGUAAAAAUUCAUGCUUAGAAUACAGAAUAAUAUGUUUUGCAAAGAAGUAUGUGAUUAGAACAUGGUACCGGUACUUGCAAAUGCAGAUUGUGAUGUGCUCAGAAAAAAAAUGGCUUCAAAGUAAACUUCAGUGUUAUUCAUAGACGUCCAAUAGAAGCAGUGAUGAGUCCUUCUUGCCAUGAUUCCCUCAUACAUAAUUUUAAUAAUAAAAUGUGAUUUGCAUAAAUGAGUUAUAAAAAUUUAAUUUGCAUGAUUCGUGAUAUUACUUGCCCUUGUGAGCACCCAUGUAUUUUUCCUACCCACUGCUCUAACUUUCCUUGGAAAACUAACUGUUCUUCAUCCAUUCAGUAAGCACCCUAUUGAUGUAUUGGUUCACAAUAAUUGAAUUAGAAACAUUAUACAAGCAAAAAAAAUAACACAUUGAACUUCGCAGCUCAGUCAAAAACUCAAAUUCAAAAGUUAAAUUACAAAUGUCUAGUUAAAUAAUAGUCUUUAUAAAUCAAUAAGAUUUCUAGGGGUACCUUUGGGGGUCAGGUAGACCUUCCCAAAUUCAGUGAGUGUUAGAAAAAUAAUUGAAUCAGAAUCAGAAUAGAGCUAGAAGGGACCUUCAAUGUCUUCUAGUCCAAUGCAUGCUCAACCAGGAAACU